GACGUGCGGAAAAAAUGCGGGCCGUCAAAUAAACCGCAGCGUCUAAAUCUAAUGGAAAGUGAAACUUGCCGAAUUCUAAAAAUAAUGUUUUAGAUUGCCCGACGAAAGACGAUUAUUUUUCGUUAUCGAAACGGUGUGGGUUUUAGCGUUCAAUUAUUGUGCUAAAUGUUUGUUGGCGAGUGCGUGUUAUCCUCCGGACAAGAGUUGACACAGUGACACGGAUUCGCGCUUCGUGCUUGAGAGAGUAUGGAGGUUGGGGUGGUGAAGAUCGCGGAAGACAGCGACUUUGCCAUGCUGAAGAUGCUAGUGGACAAUCACGAUGGUUGGAAAUUGGAAUAUGACAACGCCAAAGACGGAACUAAGGUUUGGACCAAACUGACACCGAGUUGCAGCUUUAAAAUGGUCAAAAUCCACACAGUAUUUUACGGAAUCACAGCGGAAACACUAUUCGACGUUCUGCACGAUCCGGAUUACAGAAAGGAAUGGGACGAGCAUAUGCUGAUCUCAACGGAAAUAGGCUACCUCAAUCCCAACAACGACGUAGGAUAUUAUGCCUUAUCAUGUCCAACACCAGUGAAAAACAGGGACUUCGUAUUGCAGCGGUCGUGGCUCGAUUUACCAAACGAAAAACUCAUCAUAAAUCACUCAGUGGGUCACAAAGACUAUGAGCCUCGGAAAGGUUUUAUCAGAGCGAUAUCCCACUUAACUGGUUUUUGCAUACGCCGGUUGCCCAAUGGAUGCUUUCUAGGAUACAUAUCGCAAACUGAUCCCAGGGGCAAAUUACCACCGUGGCUCGUAAACAAGAUAUCCCAGAAGUUCGCGCCCAGAGUGGUAAAACAAUUGAGAAAGGCUGCGGAAGGUUACGAAGAUUGGAAAGCUAGACAGCGCGAUCCCAGAUGUAAGCCCUGGAUCUACCCAGAGCUGACCCUGGAGUCGCCCAGGAUCAGUAUACACGACUGCGUCUAUGUUACCAGCUCAGCCGUUGAAGUCGAUGAAGACGACGAAAACUGAACCAAAGUUCAGUAACAGUUGAAAACCUUGUACAUUUUCUAUGAGGUUAAAUACAUAAAAAAAACUAACGCACCUGUUUUAAAAAUGGGUACGUAUUUUUUAGCUAGGUAAUAGGAGAAAUGCGAAUAUGAUUUGCAAAUUGAAAACGGCCAAUAAUGCAAAAAUGUUUUUCAAAAGGAUAAUAAAAUUAAAAUAAAACGAAUUAUAUAUGAGAAUCUAGAAUCCUCAUGUGCAUUUUUGUGAUAAUUAAGUGCAAAGGUUUAAGAGAAUUUAUUAAUAAUUGUUGACCCUAGAUUCUGCUAUUAAAAAUAUGUCUGUCAUCUUUGAAACUGACUUAAUUUUUCAGCACCUAUGAAUAUUGGGCAUCUUACUAAAAAUGUAAAUUACCCUUUUUGUUGUCUUAAUUGGAAAACUAACCACCGAUCAUUGCCUUCGGAAUUGGAUAGUUUUUUUCUGAAAUUUUGUCAAAUGUUUUUGCACCCUCGAAAAUAUCCAAACAUUCCAAAUUUUAUCUAUUUUUAAUUUAAUUUUUACUGAAUUAUCCUGUUGGUAGUGGAAUAAAAAUAAUUCGCCUUUGAUCGAUGAAGCGUCUUACCCAGUUUUAUGAAUUUUUUUAUAUCGUAACAAUUAUUCACAAGAAUCUAAAGCCGUCAAUUUGUUUUACCCGGCCAAAAACUUGUUCGUUCUAGGAAUUGCUACAAUUUAGAGUUGAAAACUUCAAUUAACAGUGAUGUAGUGAAUCAGAUUUCUGAAUCGUAUUGCACAAUAACAAAUGGAAGUCUUCCUAUCAAGAACAAAACGUUAUAGUAUUUAAUGUACAUCAGUUUGGAAAUAAAAUUAAUGAAAUUUUAGAUCAUAUUUAAAGUGCACUUUAUACGGGAAGCAUUGAAAAAUUCAAUUGUGAAUUUUUUUUAAAAAUUUUGUUGGGAAAACAUCUUAUUUGGUGUUGCGAUUUUUGAAAAAACUAGUUUUUCCAUCAUCAUACAAAAAUGUGUGUACCGGUAGAAUAGUGCACCGAAUUUAAAAGCCUUGCACUAAGCACAAAGAAGUUAAUCUUUUAACUGCGCUCAUAUAUCAAUUAUUUUUGAAGCAGUACAUAGCAAAAAUCUAUUUUUUUUUUGUUGACUGGUUAGAGUGCAAAAACUUUGUCAAAGUUACAUGUUUCUAAAACUGUGCUUCACUACCACACUAUUUAACUCCUUUAUAUACAUAAAUAUUAAGGCAUACCUACUACCUAGUCUUUCAUUGACUCUUUCUAUUGAACUGUAGUUUUAAAAUUUUUAAUAUAUUUGAAUUCGUAACAUACCAUGUACCACGUUACUAGUAUAAAUUAUAGCUUUGUGAUGAGGCAUUAUUGCUCACUCUUCGUGCCCGGCGACAAAUCUAACAGAGAAUAGUUUUCUCCAUGGGGAUUUAUCAAAAUACCUACUCUAGGUAUUAAAACAAACUGCUGUGAUGUUAUUAAAAGAUAAGCUAUGUUAUAUCAAUGAAUUCCUAUUGACCUAUUGUUAAUAAAUUGAUCAUCAAAAGAUUAAAGUUGAAGUUGAGUCAA